CAACAUGAAAAUAAGACCGUCAAAAUUUGUUGUUUGCAUCGUGAUGGUGAUGUGGACGGUUUUGCAAAACGGCGUUGCGUCGCCGCCACAAUCAACUGGCAACCGGCAUCCGUCCAGCAGCAGGGAUCUCGGCAUGCUCAUGUCCGAGUUUGGGUCCACCGCCGCCGACACCUCAACACUAGGACAAUGGUCGGGUUCCAGUAUGCUGGAUCAGGACACGGAAAAACUGUUGAGAACAAAUGGAAGCCAUGGCAAAAUGUCCGACUUUCACUUUCUGAUCACAGGCGGAUAUCGGCCGGAGAAAAACAACUUGGUCAAAUAUGUGGUCUCUGUGCGAUCAGAACAGGAACGCAAAUUUUUUGGCGAUAAUCAUUUUUGCGGCGGAGCAGUCAUUUCCACGAAGGUCAUUCUAACGGCUGGCCAUUGCCUCUACAAGGGAACUUCCAGGAUAAAGGCCAGCAGGAUCAGGAUCGUGGCCGGUACGCCGCGACGGUUGCAGCGCACAGACCAAACGCAGAUCCGAGAGGUUUCUUCGGCAAAGCCCCAUCCGAAGUACUCGCCAAGGCAGCUCAAGAAUGACAUAGGCCUACUCUUGUUAAAGAAAGACUUGAGCCCUGAUGGCGAGUUCGUCCAAAUUAUUACUCUAUCAAGCUCCUCGCCACCGCCGGGACUGAAGUGCACCGUCGUGGGCUGGGGCACGGUCAUACAGUUCGGUCCAACUCCCGAUGAGGCCGUCAAUGGUGAUGUGGCGGUCAAUGAUAAAUCCUUUUGCUCCUCGCUGGAGGGCUUCUCCAAGGGCAUGAUUUGUGCGUCGGAUGCGAACGACCACGAGGUGGAUAGCUGCCAGGGCGACUCCGGUGGUCCCCUCAUGUGCAAUAGCAUUGUAGUUGGCGUCGUCUCGUUUGGUGCCGGCUGCGGCGAGCCCAAAUCGGCCGGCGUCUAUACGGAUGUUUCCUUCUUUGGUGAUUGGAUAAAGUCAAAUAGCAGCACUCGUAACGAGGUCGCCGUCACCCUUUCAUUCGUCUUGAUCCACCUACUGAUGCUUCUGAUCCAUCUGUCAAUAUAUGUUUAUUAGAUUUCA